AUGUUCCCCCCCCCACACAUUUCGGGGACUGCGGAAGGGCUUUCUGAAGAAAAGGCAUCGGAGUCGCGCCUUGAAGUUUCAGCAGCCCGAGCAGCGCACGCCACGGAUGCAAAGCGACCUCCCUUCCCACCGCAGCGCCUUCGCAGCUUGGGCUGCUUUAACGCAAUUCUACACCCCCCCCCCGCCCCUUGCUCCGUUCUCCGGGUCCUCAUCCUGCCGAAGUCCCCGUCAAGGUUAUUGCCCGACCCGCGGGCAAUUGCAGGCGCUAGUAGGCGCUCAGUGAGCGCGCGCGCGCUCGCCCUUCCCGCUGGGGAGAGAGAGGCGCGCAGCCGCUGCUGGGGAAGCAGAUUGUGCGGCGGAGCAGCAGCAGCACCAUUGACGUUCCAUUCCCCCACGUGACCGGCGGCCUCGCUCCAUUCCAGGGAGGGAGUCUUGCUGCUGCUGCUGCUGCUGAAGCUCUGGGGGAGCCGCAAGCUGUGGAGCAGCGCUGGCGGUCCCAGCCCCCCCGAGCAGCCGCGCCGCCCGCCUUGUUUGUGUGAUGAACGAGCCUGGCUCUUGGCCGUCCGCUGCCGGCUGACAGAGACUGCCUCGGGGGCCAGGCAGGCAGGCGGGCGACGAGGAGAGAGGCGCCGCCGCGUGUGACCUUGGCCCAGGAGGUAAAGAGCCCAAGGCGGCAGCCAGCGAGGGAAUGUGGGGGGCUGUGUGUGUGCGCGCCCCCGCGCGCGCCCGCGUUGUGUGUGGAGCCGGGCGAGGGGGCGCGGGAGGCGCUGUCCGCGGUGCUGAAAUCACGCGCCCAGCCUCGGCUCCUCACUGCAGGGCAAAACAAGCCCGCCUGCCAUUUGCAGCCAUCCGCCCGCUGGCGGGGAAGGGUAGGGGCGCCCGAGCCGGGCUGGCGCCGAGGCCGGAGGACUGAGAGCGGAACAGUCCUUGUUAUUUUUAUUCAGGUCUCUGCCAUCUUUGAACGGGGUCGCAUUCUUCCACUCAGAGUGAGGCACCGCGCGUUCUUCUCGCCGCUGAGUUGCGAGGGACCCCCAGGGUCAUCUAGUCCGACCCGCUGCAAUGCAGGGAUGUGUUUCCCGUUGGAGACUCGAACCCACGAGCCUGAGAUUCAGAGUCUCGUGCUCUACCAGCUGAGCUCUCCCUCCAGUCCAGCAACUGUUUCAUGGGGGGGGGGGGGAGGCACCGGAUGGAUCCUGCUGGGGAGAGAGAGAUGCGCGCACGGCGCGCGGGGGGGGAUGUUAGACGAGCAGACACGUGUGUUUGCCCGCCUGCGUGUCGCAGAGGGAACGGUGCUGGGCUGGCUGGUUUGCUUUAAUGAGGCACAGAAGGAGCUUCGCCUCCGAGCGAGCAAUUAGGAAGGGCUGCAGCCGGAGGCUGUUCGCUCCUUGACUCCUGGAGCAAAAGGUGGCGGCCAAGUGGCCUGCUUUGGACGGGAGUCGAGGGACCGCGCUCGCUAGAAGGGUGCCUGCAUCGCCUUGGUUCUCCUUAGCACACUGCUGUAGCCUUUCAAAAAAAAUAAUAAUACUCUAAACAGCAUUGGAAAAGUGUAGGGUUGCCUUAUUUAUAGGCAGAGGGGAACAGGAUGAACUGGGUGGCCAAGGGGAAACGGCUACUUUCCCUCAAGGCAGCAUCUGGGGCAAGGUCACAGGGGUGAGUGAAAGUAGCACUUGGAAGUGCUCUGUUGGGAAGUCAGGGCGCUUAAUCGUCAGCAUCCGGAGGGGACCCGCCAAAAUCUCUGACUGAGAUCACUUUCAUUUUCAACAGAGGCAAAUUGCACUGCAGAAGACUUGCCAGCAGACCAAACCAUUCAGACAUGGCACAAGGAAAUAA